UUGCUCAUCGAGAAAAACAGUGAAUUAUUGAUUAAUGCCCAGGUUAAAGGAAAUAGAGAAGACUCAGUUUCGUCGUGCAGAGAUGUGGUAAUAUAUUCACGUCCAACAAACGUUUCAACGUCAACUAUUUCGCGUCUCGAUUAUUAUAACGUACUUGGUGUGACACCAGAAGCAUCGACCAAGACAAUCCGGGCUGCGUACAAGGCACGAGCCAUGCUGUGGCAUCCUGACAAGAAUGACGGUAGCGACGAGAGCUUCCGGCGUUUCAUGGAACUUCAGCGGGCAUAUGCCGUGCUGUCGGACAGGAACAAGCGAGCGGUCUAUGACCGACUCGGUGCCGUGGAGCUGAGGACGGUCGAGGAUUGCGAGGAGGGCCAGCAGCAGUGCAUGUCUGACAUAUCGUACUCUACCAAGUGCAUGCUAUUGCUGGUUUGCGUUGGCCUUUUAACUUGUUGCUUCUCAUGCUACUGUUGCUUCGGUUGCUGCUCAUUAUGUCGUCGUUACCCAAGACACGAGAAAGUGCAGAAAAAUGAGGAGAAAACGGAGAAGAGAACUGAACUCAACUCGGGCUGCUCUGAGGUUAGUGGAAAAUAG